CGAGGUCUCGUGACUGGGCAGCGGUCGCGCCAUGGAGCAGCUGCGGGCGUGGCGGGGCCGCAUCGCGGCCGAGCUGGACGCGGCCGUGGCGUUCUGGGAGCGGCACUCGCACGACCCCGAGCACGGGGGUUUCUUCUCCUGCCUGAGCCGCGACGGUUCCGUCUACGACGACACCAAAUUCGUGUGGCUGCAGGGCCGCCAGAUCUGGGUCUACUCCCGCCUGUACCGCACCGUGCCGCGCUUCCGCCGGCCCGAGCUGCUGGAGGCGGCGCGCAAAGGUGGGGAGGGGUCCCGGGGGGCUUUGGGGGGUCCCGGGGGGGGGGGUGGCAGUGAUUCUGGCGAUGGCAGUGUCCCUGCAGUGUGUGACACUGCUGUCCCUGUCCCUGUCCCUGUCCCUGUCCCUGUCCCUGUCCCUGUCCCAGCUGGUCGCACUGGACCGCGCGCUGCGCUCGCUCUUCGCCCAGGCCGGGGUCUCUGUGGGGUGGCAGUGAUUCUGGGGGUGACAGUGCCCCUGUGGGGGGUGGCAGUGUCCCCUCAGUGUGUGACACUGCUGUCCCUGUCCCUGUCCCUGUCCCAGCUGGCCGCCCUGGACCCCGCGCUGCGCUCGCUCUUCGCCCAGGCCGGGGUCAGCGAGCGGCACUUGGCCGACGCCGAGACCUCGCGGCUGAUCCGGGACUUCAUCGAGCGCCGGGGGGGGCUGCAGGCCGUGCGCGAGGAGAUGGGACAGCAGGGGCCGCCCCCUCCCCCCCCGGGCCGCGGCAGCUCCGCCCCUCCCCCCGCUCCUCCCUCCGCCCCUCCCCCCCCCUCCGCCCGCUCCCGCUCGGGGGUCCCGGCCCCUCCCCCACCCCGCUCCGGCCCCGCCCCUCCCCCGGCCCCGCCCCCUCCGCGAGGCCCCGCCCCUCCCCCGGAGGCUCCGCCCCCUCCGGAGCGGCCGCUCCUCCCCCUCCCCCCCCUCCGCCGCCCCCUCCCCCCCCCCGGGGGCGCCCCCCCCGCGACCCCCCCGGGCCGGGGGGCGCUGCUGGACCAGAUCCGCCAGGGGGUGACGCUCAACAAGACCCCUGAGACCCCCGAGGGGGGCGCGGGUCCCGGCGCGGGGGGGCUCGUGGGGGCUCUCAUGGACGUGAUGCAGAAGCGGAGCCGGGUCAUCCAUUCCUCGGAUGAAGGCACGGCCAGCGAGGAGGAGGAGGAUGACGAUGAAUGGGACGAUUGAGGACCCCUCCCCCCCGCUCCCCAGGACGCCCCCAGACCCAAAAUGGGCCCCCCCCGCCCCUCCCCCACCCGCUCGGAGCCCCUCCCCCAGCUCGGGGGGGGAGGGGCCUCGGCUGUUCCUGCCCCUCCCCCCUUUUCCAUCCCAUCCCCUCCCCCCCUUGUGCCCCCCCGCAGAUGGCAAAUAAACGCAGGAGUCACGUGA